AGCAUGUCAACAUCGGUGGAGAUGCACAGUGUGAGUGUGACCACUGUGACCAGUUGUACAGGAGAGAGCUGCCUAUAGACAAAGCUCCCUUCGAAGGUGGUUCUCUCGGAAUAUUUUCGCAGUUUGCUCCCACCUGUGCAAGUCUCUCCACCAGACACCAGUCAGUACCUCACCUCAGUGCGCGCUUCACCACCGUCCAGCCAGCUUCCCUUGAUCUUCACUCCUAUUCAGCAAACAGACUAUCAACUCCGCAAAUCAAGUCCCAACGGAUUACAAACAACGCAUUCCUCAUCAUUCUCCUCUCCAGUAAACUACGCCCGGUCCACCGUGAACUUAGCAGUUGGCGGAAAUGGACACUAUGAAACUACGGGUGCAUAGCGGCUAUGAUGUUUUCAAUCAUACAGCACAGAAUGUAACAGUAGAAGAAGAUAAAUUGGUGAACUCAUGGUUCCUGAUGAGCAAUCCAGGUCCAAUGCUGACAUUGUUGGCAGUCUACCUACUCUUUGUGCUCAAAAUCGGUCCCAGAUUCAUGAGUUCACGGAAGCCGUUUCAAUUGAAAACCAUUAUGAUGCUCUACAAUGUCUUCCAAAUAUUUUGUAAUUCCUACAUAGUCAUUUCGUUCCUCUUCCAUACAGAAGGCCACCAAUAUCUGCUCAAACAUGGUUGCCAACCAGCCGAAAUGAACACAAACGUUCUUCGAAUUGAUAUGUGUGUUGGCUACUGGAGGUACACAAUCAUGAAAUUCAUUGAUCUCAUCGACACAGUUUUCUUCGUUUUGAGGAAAAAGAACUCUCACAUGACAUUCCUCCACGUGUACCACCAUUGUGGGAUGGCCCUCUUCUCCUGGUGCUGCUUGAAAUACUUCAGAGGAGAACAAGGAGUCCUUUUGGGAGUUAUGAACUGUGGAGUGCACGUGAUCAUGUACACGUACUACUUCCUGGCGGGACUCGGCGAAGAGAUGAGGAAACGACUCUGGUGGAAGAAGUACAUCACCACUAUCCAAAUGGGUCAAUUCUGCAUCGGACUGGUCUACAUCGGCUCACUGAUAGCAUUCGGAUGUAACCUGCCAAGAGGCUUCAGUCUGUUCUGGGCGCUCAACCUUGUCAUCUUUCUGGCGCUCUUCCUCAACUUCUAUAACAGGACUUACAGUCGGAAGCCUGCUGCUGAUACUGUGAAGCCGGUCACACCAACGCCAGACGCUGAAAAAACCGACAAGGAAAAAGCCAACUGAUUCGUUGAGUGAUGUGCGCUCUCUGCAUGACAAAAACGAAUUUUGUUUCUAAAUUAUGUGUUGCAUUCUUGCUUUAAUUGCGCUCAAAGUAAACCAAGUUAUUUCCAAUUUAUCUCUUCUUUAUCGAAGUUCGAUGGUUUUUCUAGAAAAUUCUUGAACUGGACAAUAUUGAGCAAAAAGAAGCUAGCGGCCUUCUAAUUUAUUUAUUCUUUAUUGGAGCUCUUUACGAAAAGUUUGUAAUCGUUUUAAUACGUCUUGAAGAAAACUGGUAUAUCAUGAUGCGGAUAUUGGUUUCUAUCAAGCAGAUGAAUACGCAUUGUUACGUCUUCAUCCUUCAUGGAGUGAAGAAUUGUAAAUUUUUUCAUGAGAAAAUCUGGAAUGUUUUAAAGCAGAUAUUCGUUACCAUCAUGCAGCUAAAUAUUCAUUGCUAUGUCUUUAAUAUCUAUGAAGUAGAGAUUUUUUCACGUGAGAAUAUCUGGAAUAUUCCAAGUUAUACUGUCUGCAGAACCACUCUCGUAUGUACAACCUGAGAUCAGAAUCGGAAUGUUAGUAAUCAUAUUAUCCUAUGAUUAUAGACUCCAGCUCCAAUACAGUUGAGACUCCCAGUUGUAUAUUUACAAUAAACAAAAAUAUGAAAAUUCAAAAAGUGAGUUCUGUCGGAGACUUAAGCUCAAAAACCUUUCGAGAACACACAAUAAGGGAUUAGAUUUGAAUAAUUUCAAUAAACUGAUUGAGAUACUCGAAUCAUUUCCUCCAGGUGAUUGGAUCAAGAAGUAUGCUGUAAUGUGGAGACCAAUUCCUUUAUGAUAUUGAGUUGAUUAUAAUAGAAGUAUAAUUCAGAGGGAAGCUAUGGUGAAUGAAAAUUUCAUUAUUAGAUUGAUGUCUAAUUCAUCGAAAUUGAAUAGAGGAACUCAGUAAUAAUCUCUUUCUUCUUAUUCCGGUGUUGAACAAUGGAGAAAUGAGAAUGGAAUUAUUUCACAUUAGAUUCAAUGUUUUCAAAUUUCUAAGAUGUAUUGUCAAAGUAUUGAAUCACAAUCACAUGCAAACUUUAUUAAAAAAAACCCCAUCCAAGAGAAUAUCAUAUUUGAAAUGUUCUGUAGUGUAUCGUAUGAAAUCCAGCCUUAUUUGUAUAUUAUAUUAUAAUAUUAGAAUAAUUUAGUGUAUUUGUGAUUGUCUAUAGUUUUAUUAUUAAGUUGAUUAUAUUCUGGAAUCUAUUGUUAUUUAUUAAAUAUUAGUCUCAGUAA